AUUCAGAUUUUAAAUAUACACAUAUUCACGAAUUGAUAAAUUUUGUUCAGGUUUUAUUUAUUUUCUAAGAUUUCUGGAAACAAUUUGUUGUAAAGAUGGGGUUUCUGGAUCUAUUUCGUGCUGCUUCGAUGCCUGUUCUCCAAGUGUUGAUAGUUACUGCACUUGGAUCAUUCCUUGCCUUAGAAUCCAUUAAUAUUUUAGGAGAGAGCACAAGAAAUCAACUCAAUAAUCUUGUGUUCUACGUGUUCAAUCCGGCACUUAUAGGUACCAAGUUGGCUGACACCAUCACGGCGGAAAGCUUCCUGUCAUUGUGGUUUAUGCCUGUUAAUAUUCUUCUUACGUUCAUAAUCGGCUCCCUACUUGGAUGGGUGCUUAUGUUGAUCGCUAAACCAGCUCAACAUCUUAAGGGUCUAGUACUUGGUGCAUGUUCAGCAGGUAACCUCGGAAACAUGCUGUUCAUCAUAGUACCAGCUGUAUGCAAAGAAAAAGGCGCUCCCUUUGGAGAAUCUGAUGUUUGCUCUGAGUUUGGAAUGGCUUAUGCCUCACUAUCUAUGGCAAUAGGAUCUAUAUUUUUGUGGACAUAUGUUUACAACCUAGUUCGCGUUUUCUCGGAAAAUUCUGGAAACAACCAAGCAGAAACUGUGCAAGACGACGUGACUGUACCUGUAAUAUCUGUUACAGUACCUUUGCCUCCUUCAUCGGAGCCUGAAUCGUCCGGAAAAAUGAAGGUGAUGUUAGAAUUAAUGAGGCAGUGUUGGAGGAGCUUUUCAAGUCACAUUAACUUGAAGGCGGUAUUCGCACCAUCAACAAUCGGAGCGAUCGCCGGGUUCAUCAUUGGAACAAUCGGACCAUUUCGCUGGCUGCUAAUCGGGAACACAGCUCCACUCCGAGUGCUUCAUGAUUCUGCAUCUUUAGUAGGGGACGCUUCGAUUCCAGCUGUUACGUUGAUCGUGGGUGCGAACCUAUUAAGAGGUCUUAAAGGGUCGGGUAUGUCGAUACCACUUGUGCUGGGAAUCGCAGCUGUUCGGUAUAUUUUCUUGCCGGGUUUUGGCAUUUUAAUUGUGAAAGGAGCGCUUCGUUUCGGCUUGGUGCGUGACGACCCUCUCUAUCUUUUCGUUCUUCUGCUACAAUUUGCUCUUCCACCAGCCAUGAACAUUGGUACAAUAACACAGCUAUUUGGUGCUGGUGAGAGUGACUGUUCGGUAAUCAUGCUAUGGACUUACGGUUUGGCAUCCAUCGCGCUUACCCUUUGGUCAACCUUUUUCAUGUGGCUCGUUGCUUGAUCUGUUCCAUCUGAACCGACGCUAAGAGACUCGCCGGGUUGCCAAAUGUAGUAUAUUGUAUUAAGGAUAAACAUCCAGACCACCAAUUAAUCUUGUCCCGAUUUGUUGGGUUCUAGGCUUUAAACGGGCGUAACUUGGAGAGCAAGCUUGCCAAACCCUUGAUUAGUCUCUAUAAAUAUAUUUGAUAUAGCUGUAAUUGUUAAACACCUGAAUAAAAAUAUCCUAGUUAUCAUU